GAAUAAAUUCUUCUUUAUUAAACGAAGAACACUAAAACAAAAUGAAUGUGCCGCUAUAUAACACGAGUGCUGACAUGCAACUACACAGACAAUAACCCCAAAAACCAAAAUGGAAAAUGGCAACCUAAAUAGGAUCCCCAAUCAGAGACGACGAUAAACAGCUGUCUCUGAUUGGGAACCAAUUCAGGCCACCAUAGACCUACAUAUACCUAGACAUACCAAAACCCCAUAGAAUUACAAAAAAAACCUAGGCAAGACAAAAACACAUACCACCCUUGUCACACCCUGACCUAACCAAAAGAAUAAUAAAAAACAAAGAUAACUAAGGUCAGGGUGUGACACAGAUUGAUGUUAAUCAUCCAUUGAGCUAUAAGUGUAAUAUUUAUGAAUGCAGUCAAUAAUGCAUAAGUAGGCCUAAGUAUUUAUGAAUAACUUACUGACAUUUACUUUUAUAGCAUUAAUGUUUUAUAAAUGGUGUGCCGACUAUUAACAAAUACUUUAUUAAAGCAAAUUAUUGUAGCGUUCCCUGAAAAUUACCAAAAACUUUGCAGAAAGGGUGUGGCGUUUGCAGAAGUUGGUUGUAUGCUAGCUCUUUUGUCAUGGCUAGCCUACUAAACCUACAUUCAGGUAGUCCUUAAUCUGUGACUGCUAACCUGCUUUACUGUAAUCCAAUGUGAUCAUAAAAUAGGCUAUGUCAUUUAAAAAAAAGUUUAUCGAAAAGCCUUAGACAUCUAAUAUAUAUAUCAUUUUAAGUAGCCUAUUUUAAUUUAUGUCAAGUGGAGAUAAAGUGAAUAUUAAAAAUAAUCAAAUGGUUCAUUAUAGUGGUUCAAUUAAACAAUGUUAAUAAGUGGACUGAUCAUGUUUUCAAAGAUGAUGAUCAGUGAAAAUAUUGCUGACAUUUAGUCCUAUAAGGCUUAAUAAUGAAUUAUUAGCGUGAUAUGUACUGUAGGAGUAGUAGUAGUUGGCGUAUAGGCCUACCUAAACUUGGACAAAUGUUUUCGCAAGUAGACUUAUGGGAAGUAACAUUUAGCCACUUUAGAUGGGAAUGGCUUUUCUUCAAUAGGUCUACAUACAAGUCACCUUCCAAUUUCUUACUAGGCCAAGUUAAGUAGACUUGUCUGAUAGACUUUACAUAACAUAGUAAAGUACAUCUGGGACACCCAAAUGAGUAUGAUAUGUUACGUUUGGUAUUGUUACAUGAGACCAAACUUAAGGCAAAAACGCGUAUCACGAGAAUGCCUAGUUACGUGUUCGGAUCUCAUCACGGACAAUUUUUGCUAAUAACUAAGUUGCCACUACUUGCUACUUUGCAACUAUUUAGCAUGUUAGCUAACCUUUCCCUUAACUCUAAGCCUAAUCUUAACCCUUUUAGCUAACCCAGAGUUUUCCAAACUAUUAGUUUAGUUGUUCAACUGUACAACAAUAGUACGCAAGUAUAAACACCAUGGGACCACGCAGCCGUCAUACAGCUCAGGAAGGAGACUCGUUUUGUCUCCUAGAGAUUAAUGUACUUUGGUGUGAAAAGUGCAAAUCAAUCCCAGAACAACAGCAAAGGACCUUGUGAAGAUGCUGGAGGAAACAGGUACACAAGUAUCUAUAUCCACAGUAAAACAAGUCCUAUAUCGACAUAACCUGAAAGGCUGCUCAGCAAGGAAGAAGCCACUGCUCCAUAACCGCCAUAAAAAAGCCAGACUAUGGUUUGCACCUGCACAUGGGGACAAAGAUCAUACUUUUUGGAGAAAUGUCCUCUGGUCUGAUGAAACACAAAUAAAACUGUUUGGCCAUAAUGACCAUCGUUAUGUUUGGAGGAUAAAGGAGGAGGCUUUGAAGCCGAAGAACACCAUCCCAACCGUGAAGUACAGGGUGGCAGCAUCAUGUUGUGCGGGUGCUUUGCUGCAGGAGGGACUGGUGCACUUCACAAAAUAGAUAGCAUCGUGAGGAAGAAACAUUAUGUGGAUCGCAAUUGUGUCUUCCAAAUGGACAAUGACCCCAAUCAUACUUCCAAAGUUGUGGAGAAAUGGCUUAAGGACAACAAUGUCAAGCUAUUGGAGUGGCCAUCACAAAGCCCUGACCUCAAACCUCUAUAGAACAUUUGUGGGCAGAACUGAAAAAGUGUGUGUGAGCAAGGAGGCCUACAAACCUGACUCAGUUACACCAGCUCUGUCAGGAGGAAUGGGCCACAAUUCACCAAACUUAUUGUGGGAAGCUUGUGGAAGGCUGCCCAAAAUGUUUGACCCAAGUUAAACAAUUUAAAGACAAUGCUACCAAAUACUAAUUGAGUGUAUGCAAACUUCUGACCCACUGGGAAUGUGAUUAAAUAAAUAAAACCUGAAAUAAAUCAUUUUCUCUACUAUUAUUCUGACAUUUCACAUUCUUAAAAUUAAGUGGUGAUCCUAACUGACCUAAAACAGGUACUUUUUACUUGGAUUAAAUGUCAGGAUUUGUGAAAAACUGAGUUUAAUUGUAUUUGUCCCGCCCUGGUCGAAGUAUUUUGUGUUUAUCUUCAUUUAUUUGUUCAGGCCAGGGUGUGACAUGGGUUUUUGUAUGUGGUGUGUAUGUAGUGGGAUUGUAGCUUAGUGGGGUGUUCUAGGUAAGUCUAUGGCUGUCUGAAGUGGUUCUCAAUCAGAGGCAGGUGUUUAUCGUUGUCUCUGAUUGGGAACCAUAUUUAGGCAGCCAUAUUCUUUGGUUGUGUGGUGGGUGAUUGUCCUUAGUGUCUUGAUGUCCUUAGUCUGUUAGUUUGCACCAGUUUAGGCUGUUUCGGUUUUCAUUACGUGUAUUGUUUUGUUGAGUUUGUGGUUUGAUUCGUGUUACGUUGUUUGAUUAAACAUGGAUCGCAAUCUACACGCUGUGUUUUGGUCCGACUCUCCUUCACCACUAGAAAACCGUAACAUUAUUUGGCUAAAGUGUAUGUAAACCUCCGACUUCCGAAUAAUACGAAAUACUGUGACACCAGGUUGAGUUAAGAUAGGCCUACAAUACUAACCUCACAAAAUGAGUAGUAGAAUAUUCCACCUGCAUCUAGCUGAGUGGGCGGCUUGUAGUGGAACCAGGCAUACGAUGCGCUCCUUGAGACGUAAAGUAGGCUAACGUUACUCAUAUAGGUUAAAAGUUCCGGGAAGGGGAUUUCCGCCUAACCAUUACUCUUGUAGACCAAAUGAGGAGACUGUGUUUAUUCCACUGACGCAAAAUAAAUCACAAAGCAUCAAACUACAUUGCUAAGAUUCGGAACAUCAUGUUGUGGGAGUUCUACAUUUGCUUUCUCAAUAUGACUCUGUUGCUCCACCUCUCCCUUGGCCAAGAACACCAGGGGGCCGUAGAGGUCCACUACAUCAGUGCAGGUCACUUCUUCCAGCUGAAGUGUAGUGAUGACGAUGACGCUGAGGCCCGAACCGCUGUGACCUGGAGUAGAGGGGGGAACCAGACCCUUAACGCGACCUCUGGGGUGGAGGUCAGAGGAGAGGUUCUGUGGUUUCUACCUACCCACACCUCCCAUAACGGACACUACACUUGUGAGAGCAAGUACCCCACUGGAUCGUGGGAGAUGAAGUUUGUUUUGUCUGUGGACCCUGGACCCUGUCCUGUCCCAGCUGAGAACAGGACUGUAUCCCAUGGGAUGAGUGAAGUGGUGUUCUGCAGACAGCAGGAUGUCCUCAGUCUAGACCCCACAGCACACAUCCGAUGGUUCAAGGACUGUAGUCCUGUCGACAAGCAUGGAGAGACGAUCAUUGAAGAAGAUUGUCCGAAGAGGCUCCGGUUGGUCAAUGCUACUGAGAGCCAUGCUGGAGUUUAUACCUGCCUGGUAGAGUUCUCUCUGCAGGGGAGAAACUACACCGCCACCCACAGCACUCAGCUUAAAGUCAACAAAGAAAAUGUCCCGUUGAAACCCCAAGUAACCUAUCCCAGAAAAGAAACCUUUACGGUUGAACCAGGCUCAAGAGUAGAGCUGGUGUGUUCAGCGUUUCUAGGGGUUGGUGAAGGUACAGAGUCAGAGAGCUCUAUGUUCUGGACGGUAGAUGGAAGACAUACUGACCACAUAGAACAGCUCAACGUGACAAAGACAACAAUCCUUCCUAGGAGUAGUGGGGUCUAUGGCCGGUCCACUCUGUCUAUCUAUGAGGUCCGUCCUGAGUUCCUCAACGUGACCAUCAGCUGCAUCGCCAGGAACGCCGUGGGUCGGGACAUAGGGUUUCUGUGGCUCCAACCAGCCAAUCACAGUGGUUUCUACACAUGCCUGUGUCUCUGCCUGGCCUUUUCUAUGGUCGUUCUUGGAGUAUCGAUGUGCUGCCUCUUUAAAGUGGACCUGGUGCUGGCCUAUAGGAGACUCCUCCCCCUAGUGUCCAAAAAGAGAGCACCAGAUGGAAAGCUGUAUGAUGCCUAUGUCAGUUAUGUCCAUGGUGAUGGGUUGUCCAGGGCAGAGAUGUUUGCUCUGCAGGUUCUACCUGAGGUGUUGGAGAGACGAUACGGAUACACACUUUUUGUCAGUGGCCGGGAUGACCUCCCUGGGGAAGCGAUCCAUGAUGUCACCUCAGAGACAAUGCGGAGAAGCAGACGACUCAUCAUCAUCCUGUCAGCCCAGAGUGCAUCCCCUCUACACCCCAAAAUGGAUCCUGAGGACCAGUUACCACUGCACCAGAGCCUGCAGGACUGCCCUAGCUACGACCAGCAGAUUGGCCUGUACGACGCUUUGAUCCAAGAUGGCCUCCGGGUUGUCCUGGUGGAGAUAGAUGGCAAGGUGGACUACACUUCCCUGCCCAAGUCACUGCACUAUAUCAGGAGGAAGCAGGGAGCUCUGAGGUGGAGGAGGCCCAGCUCUGGAAAGAGCAGCUCCACUGCAUCCCCUAAUGGCCACUUCUGGAAGUGUCUGAGAUACCACAUGCCCUUCAAGCCCAAAGGGGCUCUGAAACCACAGCCAACACCUGGGAUAAACUGUAGUAUAGAACUGUAUUAGUGAUGUCUUUAUUAGACAUUAUCUGACAAUGUUUAUAUUGAUGUAUUCACAUGGCUAUUAUGCCUAUGGCUGGUGAGGCCAACCCUGAUCCUGGAACCCUUGAAUUGUUGAAUUAUAUAUUUUUUUAAAUGUUUGAGAUAAAAAUGUGAUCGAGUGUCCUAAGAAUUGUACAAGAGCACUUGUGCAGAUUGAGAGGCUUUUUUCUUGUAGCAAUCCGGCCUACAAGAAACAGUUACACUCCUCCUGAAUAGAGUUUUGCUAAUUUUGCUCAUACUUUGCUCAUACUAGUUCCAGUGUAAUCGAGUGUCCUCUAAGAAUUGUGCAAGAGCACUUGAGAAGCUUUUUCUAGCAGUAACAGAGUUAUUUGUGUAAUGUGUCAGUGCAGUGGUACUGGUACAGCUGGCCUGGCGCUAUGCUGUCUCAGUAUAAACAGGAUAUCAUCUGGAUUGUUUGGAAACAGCAUGGUCUCAACCAAGGUUUCCACUGACUUAGUAAUCUCUAAAUGGUACAGUAACUACAUCUGUUUUGUCUUAUUUUUAUUAUAUAACUAUUGUACUUUAUUAGUUCACUUUACACUGUACAUUUGAUAAAUUAUGAAAUGUGAUGAACUGGACUAUUUUCUUCCAAUAGUUCCAUCAAUAGUUGCUGAAUAUAAUGAUAGAUGUGUUCGAGACCUUUAAGUUAAUUAAGUUUAAUUAAUGUUUGCCUCUGUGUGCAUGUUUGAGAAAGAGUGUAUGCUCUUGUGAAUGCUGCAUGUCAAUUAAAAGUGUGUGUUUGAUUGGUUA